UGAGUCACUCAAACACACUGGUCGGGUUGCUACGAGGCUCCAGCUUGUGCAGGAGGAGGGAUCGCUUUUGAUUUUACUGGGUUUCAUUAUUUAGAUCUCUACAAAACUUUGUCACGUUAAACUCAGAGUGAAUUUUAGAUUAAACACCGCGAAAAGAGACAAACGCCAAGAACCGAGAAGAGAAAAUGGCCGCGAAGAAAAGCCCCCGAGGACAAGGCAAGAAAGAUGCCAAGCCACACCUGAAUAAAAAUGGGAAAAGGGGCGGAGCUGCAGGCGGGUCUUCGUUCUUCACCUGGUUCAUGGUUUUGGCUCUUCUGGGCGUCUGGACCUCCGUCGCUGUCGUUUAUUUUGAUCUGGUGGAUUAUCAGGGAGUGAUCGCCAAGGCAAAGGACUUGCGGUAUAAUAUUUCAGAGAUUUUACAAGGUAAACUCUCGUCCUACGAUGCUGAUGGUGAUGGAGACUUCGAUGUGGAAGACGCUAAGGUCCUGCUGGGACUGAAGGAGAAGCCAGAUGUUACGGCCUCUGGACCGUCCGCUCCUGCUGAAGCCCCAGAGCCGGUGGAAGAGGAACAGAUCCACGCUGCUAAAGUUGAAGAAACAGCUGAGUUUCCUGCAGAGGCUCAGGCAGUGGAGGAGGAGCCUGAAGCUUUAGAGGAGGAGGAGCCUGAAACAGUGGAGGAGGAGCCUGAUGAUGUGGAAGAGGAGCCUGAGGAUGUGGAGGAGGAGCCUGAGGACGUGGAGGAGGAGCCUGAGGACGUGGAGGAGGAGCCUGAGGACGUGAAGGAGGAAGUAAAACCACUGAUGGAAGAAGAAGAGGUUCCUGAAGAAGAGCCUGAAGUGGUGGAGGAUGAGCCAGAAAUAGCAGAUGAUGUGUCUGUGGAAGAGGAGGCAGUGGAAGAAGCUGUGCUUGUUAAAGAGGCAGAGGAACCUGCCCCUGCUGAGGAAGCAGUUGAAGAGCCAGUUGAGGAACCUGCCCCUGCUGAGGAAGCAGUUGAAGAGCCAGUUGAGGAACCUGCCCCUGCUGAGGAAGCAGUUGAAGAGCCAGUUGAGGAAGCUGCCCCUGUUGGAGAGGCUGUAGAAGAGUUACUUUCUGUUGAGGAGACCAACGAGGGAGCAUCAGUUGACGAAGGAGUAGUUGAGGAAACUGUUCCUGUUGAAGAAGCAAGUACUGUAGAAGAGGCCCUUAAGGAGGUUGCAACUACAGUUGAGGAAGUAGAAGAAGCAGCAGCAGUUGAAGAAACAGCAGAAGAACCUGUCCCUGUUGAAGUUGUUGUAGAAGAGGCAUUGUCAGUUGAGGAAGUAGUGGAGGAGCAUUCACCAGUGAAAGAGGGGGUGGAGGAAGUAGCACCUGUUGAAGAAACAGUAGAAGAACCUGCCUCUUUUGAAGAGGAUGUAGAAGAGGCAGCUCCUACGGAGGAAGUGACGGAGGAGGCCUUAACAGAAGAGCCUGAGGGUGCAGAAGAAGAGCAGGAUGUGUUUGAAGCAGAAGACACGCUGGAAACAGAAGGAUCAGAGGAGGAACCUGAUGAACAGCCAGAAGAAGAUGCAGAGGACGUAGAAGAACAGGACGAGGACGAGGACGAGACGACGGAAACGUAAGUUUUGGCACCGUGUGUGGAGGCGGAGAGGAUCAUCCCACUACGACUGAGCAGCUGCAGCGGAGAACACCACCAGCAUCCUGAUCAACACCUUUAGGCUUUAUUUUAUUUUACCAGACGCUCAGAUGUUUGAACGAUCACACACCUGGUUUUCUCCUGUACUCGUUUGAGAAAUUUUUCCCCGUAAUUCCUCUUCCUGUUCCUUCUGACCUCGGCUCUGCUAUUCCCACUCUGAGCUUUUCCUUAUGUUUCUAUUAUACCUGAAAACGCCGUUGUUGAGAAUCAGAUGACUUCCUGUCUAUUGAAGCUGCUUUGUGGGUGUGAGAUCUUCACGUGUGUGUGUGUGUGUGUGUGUGGUGUGUUAAUGUGAAGGUAUGACACAAAGCUGCACUGACGUUUCUAAUGGCUUUCACUCCUCACUUCAGAACUUAGAGAAAGGCGCAAGUUUUUGUUUGCUGUGCGUGUGUGCGUGUGUGUGUGUGCGCGCGCAUGUGCCCUUUGAGCCGUGUUUAUUGCAGAGCGAUGAAUCUCUUUGUGACGGUUCAUUUUAAUUGUACACACAGAGGCUUUCAGUGUUUGCAGGAGUUGACGGUAACUCACGAGCUGUGUGACGGAUGCAGUUGCAGCCUGAUCUAGUACCUUUUUUGUCUCGUUCUUUCAUCAUUAUCAUUAUUUUGGAUUUGGACUCAAACUACACGGUUCCGUUUCAGCGACACUGUUAACCUGAAAGUGGGUGUGUGCCAAUACUUAUAAUCACAUCACCAUAAGCACCUAGAUUUACUGAGUCAUGGUUUAUGAUCAUUGUGACGCUGGGGGAGAAUGACUGUGUUCCACUUUCACCAGCAUGUUUAAUAUUUUUUACUCUCAGUGGAACUGAACCAUGACGAAAUGACCACACGCUGUUUUAAAUGUUGUGUUUUGAAUGUCAGAUACAGCGGUGUGCUGGAGAUUAUUGACCGCGUUCACACACACUGUUCAGCGCAGGUUUCCCAGCCGCUGUACAGAGACAGAACUCUCCUGAUUAAUCACGUCACAGCUCACACAGCAGGGUUUUAUUCCUGUGAUUUCAGUCCUUACACUUCUGUUGAUGUGAUGCUGAUUUCUCACACACACACACACACACACACACACACACA